GGGGGCUCACGAACGGAAGCGGCCGUUACAUCUCUGCUGCUCCCGGAGCCGAAGCCAAGUAACGCAGCGCGAGCAGUGCCGCCAGCCGCUAGUUCCCUUCGUCCCGCUUGCGCUAUGGGAUGUCUGACGUUAUGCCCUCUGGCCGAAGCAGGCUGCUCGAAGACUUCCGCAAUAACCGCUACCCCAAUUUACAGCUGAGGGAGAUUGCUGGGCACAUCAUGGAGUUCUCCCAGGAUCAGCACGGAUCCAGGUUUAUUCAGCUGAAACUGGAGCGUGCCACCCCAGCAGAACGUCAGCUUGUGUUCAACGAGAUCCUCCAGGCAGCUUAUCAGUUGAUGGUCGAUGUAUUUGGAAAUUACGUCAUCCAGAAGUUCUUUGAAUUUGGCAGCCUGGAGCAGAAGUUAGCCUUGGCGGAACGCAUCCGUGGGCAUGUUCUGUCCCUGGCUCUGCAGAUGUAUGGCUGUAGGGUGAUCCAGAAGGCCCUUGAGUUCAUUCCCCCAGACCAGCAGAACGAGAUGGUACGGGAGCUGGAUGGCCAUGUCCUGAAGUGUGUGAAAGAUCAGAACGGGAACCACGUGGUGCAGAAGUGUAUUGAGUGUGUGCAGCCCCAGUCCCUGCAGUUUAUCAUUGAUGCAUUUAAGGGGCAGGUUUUUGCGCUGUCUACGCAUCCGUAUGGCUGUCGUGUGAUCCAGAGGAUCCUCGAGCACUGUCUUCCUGAGCAGACCCUUCCCAUCUUGGAGGAACUUCACCAACACACCGAGCAGCUCGUUCAGGAUCAGUAUGGGAACUAUGUUAUCCAGCAUGUACUAGAACACGGUCGGCCUGAGGAUAAGAGCAAGAUCGUAGCAGAAAUUAGAGGCAACGUGCUGGUGUUGAGUCAACAUAAAUUCGCUAGCAACGUGGUGGAGAAGUGCGUCACUCACGCCUCCCGUACGGAGCGUGCCAUGUUGAUCGAUGAGGUGUGCACUAUGAACGACGGCCCUCACAGUGCCUUAUACACCAUGAUGAAGGAUCAGUACGCCAACUACGUGGUACAGAAGAUGAUCGAUGUGGCAGAACCAGCUCAGCGGAAGAUCGUCAUGCACAAGAUCCGGCCUCACAUCGCUACCCUGCGCAAAUACACCUACGGCAAGCACAUCCUGGCCAAGCUGGAGAAGUACUACAUGAAGAACGGCGUGGACCUGGGGCCCAUCUGUGGACCACCGAACGGCAUCAUCUGAGGGGGCCAGCUGGGGAGCAGCUCGCUGGCCACCCGGCCUCCACAACCAGCAACCGCCAGUAUUCCAGGAUCCCGUUCCAAAGCGUUUUAUGGUUGCUAACCGGCUGAAAAAAAAAGAGACGAGAGAAGCCUUUGUAAAUUUCUUUAAUUUUAUUAUGCAUAACAUGUACUAAUUAUUUUUUUUAAUUAACUAAUUGCCCUGCUGUUUUACUGGUGUAUAGAAUACUUGUACAUAGGUAUCAAAUGUACAUGGAAGGCCACAUUUUUGUUCACUGUUGUAUCUAUAUUCCAAAUGUGGAAACUUUCAGGGUGGUUGGUUUGAAGAAAACAAACAAAAAACCCCGUUUUUAAUGCAUCUGCCUUGCAGACAACUGUUCUGCAAAUACCCGGUUUGUUUCCUUUCAGUCAAAAGUCAGCAAGAAGUUUGGAUUUUAGUUAAAUGGCACAAGUGAGGCAUUUAACGCUGUUUAUAAAUAUAAAAAAAC